UUGGAGGCUGAAACGAGUCGUCGUGGCUUUACGACAAAGCUAUCCUCGUUACAGAUGUGCAGAGCCACAUGGUCCAAUCUUCUUCUUCCUCUUUCAUUUUCUUUUUUAACAUCGUCUUCUUCUUCAUCCUCCCCUCAUAUUUUUUUCCGCAAAAUUUUCAAAUCUCUUUCUCGAGAAAACCCGUUUAAUCUUCCCACACACAGCUCCAGGGGAAAUUGCCGUUUAGGGAUCUCGAUUCAUAAGAGGCAGACACACGUUUCGUGUUCUAUCUAUCUUUUGUAAUCCCUUAGGGCUUUUGUAAAUUAUAUAUACUCUAAUAUAUCGUGUGCACUGUUUUAUUACCAGACCCUUGUGAUAUCUAUUAGCUGUUUGGUUAGUUUCUCUUAGAAUCCCCCGGCAUAGAAUCGUCUUCUCAUGUAGUAGCGAUCCUUGGUAAAAAAAAUUUGGAAUCUUUCUCUCGUUGUUUUGCUUCUGGGGGAUUUGAAAUGGAGAAGCAGGAUGAGGAGAGAUCUAUAGAUGCUUCUGAAACUAGCCAAAGUCAAUUACUGGAUGAUGAUGAUUCAAAGGUUGAAGUUUUUGAUUCUGUUUUGAAAGCCAUGGAGAAACAGAAUGAGGAGAUAUCUACAGAUGCUGCUGAAACUAGCCAAAGUCAAUUAGUGGUUGAUGAUGAUUCAAAGAUUGAUACUUUUGAUUCUGUUUCGAAAGCCAUGGAGAAGCACGAUGAGGAGAGAUUUACAGACGCUGCUGCAACUAGCCAAAGUCCAUCAGCAGAUGAUGAUUCAAAGGUUGAAGUUUUUGAUUGUGUUUCGAAAGCCAUGGAAAAUCAGAAUGAGGAAAAAACUGCAGAUGCUGCUGAAACUAGCCAAAGUCAAUCAGUGGAUGACGAUCCAAAGGUUGGAACUUUUGAUUGUGUUUUGAAACCCAUGGAGAAGCAGGAUGAGGAGAAAUCUACAGAUGCUGCUGAAACUAGCCAAAGUCAAUCAGUGGAUGAUGAUGAUUCAAAGGCUGAUACUUCUGAUUUUGUCUUGCAAUCUACGGAGAAGCAGAAUGAAGAGAAAUCUACAGACGCUGCUGAAACUAGCCAAAGUCAAUCAGUGAAUGAUGAUUUAAAGGUUGAUACUUUUGAUUGUGUUUUGAAAUCCAUGGAGAAGCAGAUUGAGGAGAAAUCUACAGAUGCUGCUGAGACUAGCCAUAGUCAGUUAGUGGAUGAUGGUUCAAAGGUUGAAACUUUUGAUUUUGUUUUGAAAGCACAAGGGUUGAAAGAAGCAGGGAACAAGCUGUUUCAGAAGAGAGAUUAUUAUGGUGCAAUGUUUAAAUAUGGUGAAGCAAUCAAGAUACUCCCUAAGGAUCAUGUAGAGGUUUCUCAUGUUCGGGCUAAUAUGGCUUCUUGUUAUAUGCAAUUGGAACCUGGCGAGUUUGCCAAAGCCAUUCAUGAAUGUGAUUUAGCACUUAGUGUUACUCCUGAUUAUAGCAAAGCACUGUUGAAGAGGGCUAGAUGUUAUGAGGCUUUGAAUAAGUUGGAUUUGGCGUUGAAAGAUGUUUGUAUGGUUUCGAAGCUGGAUCCAAAGAAUCCUAUGGCAUCUGAAAUUUCUGACAAGCUUAAGAGAACUUUAGAGAGCAAAGGGUUAACGGUCAAAGAUUCCGUGAUAGAGUUGCCUCCAGAUUAUGUUGAACCUGUUGAGGCUUCCCCUGCACUGUGGGCUAAACUUCGCAAGGCACGAGUGAAGAAAAUUAAAAAGAGCAAUCAAGUGCAAGAGAAGAGCGAGGGCGAUAACGUAGAGACAAAGCAGAAGAAUAACAACAAUCUUGCAGCUGAUGAGGGCAAGGAAAAGGUUAUCGAUAAGCAGAAUAAAAAGAAAGUAAAAGGGAACGAGCAGUCGGAGAAGAGAAGUGAUACGAGCAAGGAACAGGAAAAAGUAAUAAUUGAGGAGAAACUUUUGGAGAUAAGUGGUGAAAAUGUAAACAUGGCUGUGAAAUUCGUAUACUCUGAUGACAUAAGAUUGGCUAAAGUGCCGAUAAACUGCACUCUUCUUCAACUUAGGGAAGUUGUUCAUGAGCGUUUCCCUGGCUUAAGGGCAGUUCAUAUUAAGUACAAGGACCAAGAAGGAGAUUUAGUGACAAUUACAACAGAUGAAGAGCUAAGAAUGAGUGAGGUGUCAGCAAGGGCACUGAACACUAUGAGAUUUUAUGUAGUGGAAGUUAGUCCUGAGCAGGAUCCCUUUUUUGGAAGAUUAGUUGAGAUGAAGAAACUCAAAAUAUCCGCUGAUUCUUUUAAGACCAAGGUAAAUGGAAAAGGUGCGUGUAAAGUUGAGGAUUGGAUGAUCGAAUUUGCUCGGCUCUUUAAGAUCCAGGCCGGCGUUGAUUCUGAUACAUGCUUGAAUCUUCAAGAACUAGGGAUGAAACUCAAUUCAGAAGCUAUGGAGGAGGUGGUAAUGUCUGAUGCAGCUCAAGGGCCUUUUGACAAAGCAGCUCAGCAAUUCCAAGAAGUGGCAGCACGAUCAUUGUUAAAGUUGGGAAAUGUGCACUUGUCAGGGGCACGGAAAAGGUUGAGCCUCCUACGAGGUGUGUCUGGAGAAUCUGGCUCUGAACAACUCAAAACUGCUUAUGAAUGCGUUCAAAGGGAUCACACAAAAGCAAAAGAAAAUUACAAAGAGGCCAUGAAAAUAAAGUCGGAUUUGUUUGAAGUCUUCCUGGCAGUAGGUCUGCAGCAGUUUGAGGAAGCAAGACUUUCAUGGUACUAUGUGCUUGUCAGUCAACUUGAUUUGAAAACAUGGCCAUAUUCAGAUGUAGUACAGUUUUAUCAAUGCGCCGAAAGCAAUAUCAAAAUCUCUAUUGAAGUGUUAAAAAAUCUGGAAACCAAGCCGGGUAGCUCAACUCAAGAUAACUCAGCAAACGUAGCAGGAAGGCUAAAGUUAAAGUCAAUGGUAGAUAUUUUAUUGUGUGCUGUACUUUACGAGAGAUCUAUCAUGGAGUACAAACUUGACCAACCAUUCUGGCGAGAGAGUUUAAAAGCUGCAAUGGAGAAAUUUGAGUUAGCUGGAACUUGUAGGGACGAUGUUGUUGCGAUAAUAAGUGAAGACUACGUGGCCGGCAAUACAUUACGAGAUCUAAGGUUUCACAUGGAAGAGAUAUUACAUAUAUAUAAUGAGAUAGAUGAAGCAAAACAAUGGAGAAAUGGGAUCUCUUCAGACCAGUUGGAAGAUAUAUUAAACAGGAGGACUGCAAAUAUUUUUCAUAUGUCAAAUACAGGACUUCAACGUGGUUAAAGUGGCACACAAUGACUUUGGUCAUUAUCUUGAACAAGCUUCAUUUUAAAGGUUUUGUCUUGUGGUAUAGGAUUUCAAACUCAGAUUUUUGUAGAGAGAAAGAAACAUAUAUAAACGACAUAUAUAUAUGUUCUAUUUUGUUUGUGUAACAUUCAUACGGUUGAUUUAGCGAGGAGAGAAGCAAAGAUAUCAUGCAGAUUCUUCUUCUUCUUCUGUCUUAGGGUGAGUUGUGUGAGUCUUGUGACUAUAUUCAUUGGUUUUGAGUCUUUUGACUCGUAUUUCCUUUGGCGUGAGACAUUCAUACACAACACACCUACUUGAGUUUUACCUUCUUUUUCCUUUUCUUAUGACUUCCACAAGAUUUUGGUGUGGAGUCAGUCAUUUUCUUGUAAUUCGUUGUUACAUAUAAAAUGUAAUGAUGUGUUUGUUGCGAUCA